AUGAAAAAAAGCGAACUCUACUCGUUUAAUGAACGAAGAGACAAGGCCAAAUUGAAGCGCACGAAAAAAGAACGUGAUUUUUGGACUAUUGCGGAACCAAAAAUUGAUGCCUGGAUGUUUGUAACUGGACAAAAGCGAGAUGUUUUCAACAUCGAAUCGUUUGUGCAACAGAACCGUGAAAUCGUGGAAGGAAUAGGACAAGUUCGAAAGAAUGUGAAAGUGCUUAUUCUAAGAAGUCGAUGCCCCCUCGUGAAGGUACUACAAGAAAUUGAAAGGCAUGAACGGGGAGAGGAGAGCGAAGAACAAGUUGAAGUUCCAUGGCAAACGUAUUGGACAACCUUCAAAAGCUGGAGACCGUGGUAA